CCAGGACUGUGGCAAAUGACCAAGCAGCAGCAUACCCCUCAUCAUGCGUUGGUGGAUGGAGAAAGAUAAACCACCCAGCAGAGAGAAAUUAAAGGCACCAGUAAAGUCCCGACCACAGUUGUCUAUGGUUAAAUCAACUACCAAGGACAAAUCCAAGAUAUCAGCAGGAGUUCUGCCACAGUUGUCUUCGGUGAGCACCAAGCCGCAGUGGCAGCAGGCGGCCCCGUCCUUCCACCUGAGCGCAAGGAAGGAGGACGAGAUUGUGGAGCCUUUCGCUGUUAAAAACGAGCAGUCCUACGCUGAAUACCUGGAACACUUUGGAAAAAAAGGCAAAGUCCUCCACCAAGUUGAUGAUGCUGGACCCCCCACCUCCAAGUCGAAGGCCAAGUCUCCCCACAAGGAACGAGAGAACUUUAGAAGUGCUCUUGUUAAUGUCAUCCUGCAGCAGGAUGUUGGCUUAGAAUCGGCUAUCCCUGAAGAAAGUGCGAUUCCAAAGAUGACCACCUCUGCGAUAGAGAAGGACAUCUUGAAACAUUACUAUUACAUCCGCCACGGCAUUGAUACGGACCACGUGGCCCCAAUGGAGGACUCUUGGCUGGAGCAUGUGCUGGAUUUGGUCCCACAGCACCUGAAAGUCUUCACAGACAGUGUCACUGUGCUGUCAGAUGAGAUGCGAGAGGAUUACCUGCUCAGUGUCAAGAAGUCCAUAGUCGAUUUUGUUUUAAAAGACCCCAGAGAAAAAGACGAUGAUACAAAGACAAGUGAACUUCCGCCCCAUCGUGCUGAAAUGGAAGUUUUGCCCAAGCCUUGGAGGAAGUCGUUCUUGGCUGCAAGCGCUUCCACUAGGGAUCACCUGAACGCGAUGAGCCCCACCAUGCUGGCUGUGCUAGAUUUGUGGCACAGUACAUUUAAAAAAUUACGUUUAGUUGACACGGAAGAGUUUCACAAUCGCCGAGAUGCCCUAGAGCUGUCGAGCUUCCAGAAUAUUGUCAUGAAGCACAUGGAGACGGCUAAAGACGUUCUGUUAAAAACGUGGUUUCCAGAAGUGCAGAAUAUUUAUUACCAAGGUAAUAAAAAGAAGCAAUUGCCAACCAGUGGCAACAGUGCCAAAUUGGAAUCUUUUUUCAACUGUGCGGCUACACUCAUGACUUUACAGCUGCAGGACCUCACUUUAGUCUCCAUGCAAGAUUUCACGGACCUCAUCGCGCAGCCUCCGGACUCUGUCAGAGCCUUUGAACACCCAGGUUUCAUCAUGAGGCUCAUUCUUGAUAAUGACACCAUUAAGUUUGAACCCGAGUUUGAGGAAUAUACAGAUAUCCUUGUAAACGUGUAUGAUGUCAUGAUGAAGGUUGUCAGCUUUGUGCCAAGAGUUGAGACAAAAUUGUACUCCCAAUGGGAGAGUAAGUCUAAACCAACCACCCUGAAGCCCAUAAUCCUGGAUGAAAUCGUGGCUGCUCACAAGGCCAAGAUCAGGGAGGUGGUGGAGAGGGAAAGUGUGGCUCCCACUGCGCACCUCCGACUCUAUGACAAAUACGAUUUUUUAAUCUCCAAAAGAGCUGAGCGAGAUACAGACGUGUUCCUUGAGGCGAACCACCAUUAUGAGAGGAUAAUAGAGGAAAUCCGGAAAUAUCAAAGACUAACCGAGGAAAUACAGUACACCUCUAGGAAGAGUGUCCGCCUGGGAAUGUUUGAGAUGCACUGCGAGGAGCUAAUCAGAGCGCUAGUGAAACGAGCAGACGCUAUCUGUGGGCGGUUGAUAGCGAAGAUGUACAAAGACCACCAGGAACUGAAUACCAGGCUAUGUGAAGAAUUUGAGAAGAUAGCUGAAAAGGCCCUCAGCACCCCUCCAAAUACAGCAGAACUAAUGGAAAUGAAGGCUUACAUUCAGAAAGUGGAGGCCACUGAUAUGAUUGAACUGGGACAGAGACUAGUGGAUUCCAGAAACUGCCUCGCCUUCCUCAUUGAGUGCACCAACUUCUCCCCUGCGGACAUCAGGCUGAACAAUAGUGUUUUCCAGUGGCACGGAAGGAUGGGGGAAAUUUUUGAAGAACACAGGAAGAUCAUUAAAGAGAAAACAGAACAAUAUCAAGAUGGGCUUAAGCUGCGGUGCGAGUGGUUUGUGGAGGAGCUAGAGAGCUAUGCCAAGCAGGCCGAGGAGUUCUACGGCUUCGGGGACCUGCAGGAUGUGCAGCGCUACCUGAAGAAGGCCCAGGCGCUGAACGCCAAGCUGGACGCGGCUGCGGACAAGAUACAGCAAUUCAAUGCGGAGGAGGAGGCCUUUGGUUGGCUGCCAUCAAUAUAUCCUCAGCGUAAAAAGAUCCAGGAUGGCUUGAACCCGUAUCUCCGCCUCUAUGAAACCACUGUUGAAUUCAGCAACAAGUACAAAGUGUGGACAGAAGGGCCCUAUCACAAGGUGAGCCCAGACCAAGUAGAGGCAGAUGUGGGGAAUUACUGGAGAGGACUCUACAAGCUGGAGAAGACCUUCCUGGACUCUCCGAAUGCCUUGGCCAUGACCAAGAAAGUCCGAGCCAAGGUGGAAGACUUCAAGCAGUACCUGCCCCUGGUGCAGGUCAUCUGCAAUCCUGGCCUGCGGCCCAGGCACUGGGAAGCCAUGUCUGCCAUCGUUGGCUACCCGCUGCAGCCAGCCGACGACUCUACGGUCUUCUCCUUCAUAGACCUGAACCUCGAGCCAUAUCUCGAUAAGUUUGAGGGCAUCAGCGAGUCAGCCAGCAAAGAAUACUCCCUGGAGAAGGCCCUGGAGAAGAUGAUGGCGGAAUGGAACUCCAUGGAGUUUGCCAUUCUUCCGUACAGAGAGAGCAGGACGUACAUUCUGUCUGCAGUUGAUGAGAUUCAGAUGCUGCUGGACGACCACAUCAUCAAAACCCAGACGAUGCGGGGGUCCCCUUUCAUUAAGCCUUACGAGAAACAAAUAAGGGAGUGGGAGGGCCGGCUGCUGCUGCUGCAGGAGAUCCUGGACGAGUGGCUCAAGGUGCAGGCCACCUGGCUGUACCUGGAGCCCAUCUUCAGCUCCCCUGACAUCAUGUCGCAGAUGCCCGAGGAGGGCCGGCGCUUCACGGCGGUGGACAAGACGUGGAGGGACCUGAUGAAGAGCGUCCUGCAGAAUAAGCACGUUCUGUCCGUUGUGACUAUUGACAGAAUGCUGGAAAGGCUGAAAAAGAGUAAUGAACUUUUGGAACUGAUUCUUAAAGGACUUAAUGAAUAUUUGGAAAAGAAACGUCUCUUCUUCCCCAGAUUCUUUUUCCUGUCAAACGAUGAGCUUCUUGAGAUCCUGUCUGAGACUAAAGACCCCACUCGGGUGCAGCCUCACUUGAAGAAGUGUUUUGAAGGGAUCGCCGAGGUGGAAUUCACGGAGGCCCUGGAUAUCACGCACAUGAAGAGCAGCGAAGGCGAGGUGGUGGAGCUCAUGGAGACCAUUCCCACCACCAAGGCCAGAGGCCAAGUGGAGAAGUGGCUGGUAGAGCUGGAGAGGAUCAUGAUCAACUCCAUCCACAAGGUAAUUGGAAACGCAAUUCUGGCCUAUAUGAGUAAUGAACGAAUGAACUGGGUGCGGGAGUGGCCCGGUCAGGCUGUUCUUUGUGUAUCCCAGACCUUCUGGACAAAAGAAGUACAAACAGCCAUCAUGAUGGGGCUAGAGGCUCUUGAGCAGUACUUGGAAAAAUGUAACAAACAGAUCGAUGAUAUUGUCACUUUGGUCCGGGGCAAACUGUCCAAGCAGAAUCGCGUUACUCUGGGAGCCCUCGUGGUGCUGGACGUCCACGCCAGAGACGUGCUGUCAACACUCGUCCAAAAGCGGGUCAGCCACGACUCUGACUUUGAAUGGUUGAGUCAGCUUAGGUACUACUGGCAAGAGAAUCAUUUAGAAACGAAGAUGAUCAAUGCUGGUCUGAGAUAUGGGUAUGAAUAUCUGGGAAAUUCACCCAGGCUGGUUAUUACCCCUCUCACGGAUCGAUGUUACAGGACGUUGUUUGGAGCUCUUCACUUGCACCUUGGAGGGGCGCCCGAGGGCCCGGCUGGCACGGGGAAGACGGAAACCACCAAGGACUUAGCCAAAGCUGUAGCCAAACAGUGUGUCGUCUUCAACUGCUCGGAUGGGUUGGAUUACUUGGCUUUAGGAAAAUUUUUUAAGGGACUGUUAUCUUGUGGAGCCUGGGCUUGCUUUGAUGAGUUUAAUAGAAUCGAUUUGGAAGUACUUUCUGUGGUUGCUCAACAGAUCCUUACUAUCCAAAGAGGCAUUAAUGCAGGUGCUGAUAUUCUAGUAUUUGAAGGAGCGGAGCUAAAACUGGACCCCACGUGUGCGGUCUUUAUAACAAUGAACCCUGGUUAUGCUGGGCGGUCGGAACUACCAGAUAACCUGAAGGCUCUCUUCCGGACUGUGGCCAUGAUGGUCCCUGACUAUGCCAUGAUUGCGGAAAUCGUCCUGUACUCCUGUGGGUUCGUCACUGCCCGGCCACUGUCGGUGAAAAUCGUGGCCACCUAUCGCUUGUGUUCAGAGCAGCUGUCGUCUCAGCAUCACUACGACUACGGGAUGCGAGCCGUGAAGUCGGUUCUCACAGCCGCUGGGAACUUGAAGCUGAAAUAUCCAAAUGAAAAUGAAGAAAUUUUGCUGCUAAGAUCUAUUAUUGAUGUAAACCUGCCAAAAUUUCUAGCCCAUGAUUUACCACUCUUUGAGGGGAUUACUUCAGAUUUAUUUCCUGGAGUGAAAUUACCGAAACCAGAUUACAAUGACUUGCUGUCAGCUAUCAAAGACAAUUGUGUCUCUAUGAAUUUGCAAAUGACCAAAUUCUUCUCUGAGAAGAUUCUUCAGAUGUAUGAGAUGAUGAUUGUGCGUCAUGGUUUUAUGAUUGUUGGAGAACCAUUUGGAGGGAAAACCAGCGCCUACCACGUCUUAGCUGGGGCACUCAGCGAUCUGUGUGAGAAGGGACUGAUGGAAGAAAACAAGGUCCAGAUAACAGUCUUGAACCCAAAGUCUGUCACCAUGGGCCAGCUGUACGGGCAGUUCGACCCAGUGUCCCAUGAGUGGUCGGACGGGGUCCUCGCCGUCAGCUUCCGCGCCUUCGCCUCCUCCCCGACUCCAGAUAGGAAGUGGCUGAUCUUCGACGGCCCGGUGGAUGCAGUGUGGAUUGAGAACAUGAACACGGUACUGGAUGACAACAAGAAGCUGUGUCUGAUGAGCGGGGAGAUUAUCCAGAUGUCCCCGCAGAUGAAUCUGAUCUUCGAGCCCAUGGAUUUAGAAGUUGCCUCUCCUGCCACCGUUUCCAGGUGCGGCAUGAUUUACAUGGAACCUCACAUGCUGGGCUGGAGGCCGCUCAUGCUGUCCUGGUUAAAUCUGUUACCCGCUUCAGUCAGCGCCAUCCAGAAGGAAUUCUUAACAGGCCUGUUUGACAGGAUGGUCCCCGUGUCUGUAGAAUUUAUUAGAAGACACACGAAGGAAUUAUCUCCUACUACAGAUACUAACUUGGUCCGAUCCUUAAUGAAUCUAAUUGACUGCUUUAUGGAUGUUUUUGCUGAUGAAGCCAAAGAGAAAGAGAGAAAUGACCGAGAAGUUUACUCUCUGCUUGAGGGCAUUUUUAUUUUCUCGUUGAUCUGGUCCAUUGGUGCUUCCUGUACAGAUGAUGAUCGGCUGAAAUUUAAUAAGAUUCUCCGAGAACUCAUGGAAGGCCCAAUUUCAGAACUAACUCGAAAUAGGUUCAAAUUACAGAGCGGAGCAGAACAAACAUCCUCCAAAGCAUUGACUGUCCCAUUUCCUGAGAAAGGAACAAUUUAUGAUUAUCAGUUUGUCCCCGAGGGAAUAGGAAGGUGGGAGCCAUGGAUAAAGAAACUGGAAGACGCCCCUCCAAUCCCUAGAGACGUACUGUUCAAUGAAAUCAUUGUGCCAACUUUGGACACAGUUCGAUAUUCUGUGUUAAUGAAUUUGCUGACGACCCAUCAAAAGCCUUCCAUAUUUGUGGGGCCAACCGGAACCGGAAAGAGUUCUUACAUAACUAAUUUUCUUUUAAAUCAUCUCAAUAAGGAAAUCUACAAACCUCUGAUCAUCAACUUCUCGGCACAAACUACAGCAGCUCAAACCCAGAAUAUUAUUAUGUCAAAAUUGGACAAAAGAAGAAAGGGAGUUUUUGGGCCUCCAUUGGGCAAGAUAAUGGUUGUCUUUGUGGAUGAUGUCAAUAUGCCAGCCCGGGAGGUCUACGGGGCCCAGCCUCCCAUCGAGUUGCUGAGACAGUGGUUGGAUCACUGGAACUGGUACGACCUCAGAGACUGCUCCAUGAUUAAACUGGUGGACAUUCAGAUCAUGUGUGCAAUGGGGCCUCCAGGUGGUGGCCGAAAUCCAGUGACCCCCCGAUACAUGAGACAUUUCAACAUUGUGACUAUCAAUGAAUUCAGCGAUAAGUCCAUGUUUGUGAUCUUCUCUCGGAUCCUGAACUGGCAUUUACAAACCUGUUAUAAAUUUCCAGAAGGAUUUCUAGAUUUGACCACACAAAUUGUGAACGGCACGAUGACGCUGUACAAGGACGCGAUGAAGAAUCUCCUGCCCACGCCGGCCAAGUCUCACUAUUUGUUCAACCUCCGGGAUUUCUCCCGGGUCAUCCAGGGGGUUUGUUUGUCGAGGCCCGAGAUGGCGGAAACCAAGGAAGUGAUGAAACGCCUCUGGGUUCACGAGGUCCUUAGAGUGUACUACGAUCGCCUUCUGGAUAAUGCAGACAGAAGUUGGCUUAUCAACUACAUUCAAGAAAUUUUGAAAAACCACAUGGAUGAAGAUUUUCAUGAGCUCUUUAAAGGUUUGGACUUUGACAAUGAUGGCGUGGUACAAGAAGAUGACUUAAGAAGCUUAAUGUUUUGUGAUUUCCACGAUCCCAAGCGGGAAGAUACCAACUACAGGGAAGUGGCAGAUGUGGAUAAUCUCCGAGUGACAGUGGAAAUUCACCUGGACGAAUACAACAAUAUGAGCAAAAAGCCCAUGAACCUCGUCUUAUUCCGAUUCGCCAUAGAACACAUCAGCAGGAUCUCCAGGAUCUUGAAGCAGCCCCGAAGCCACGCGCUCCUGGUUGGAGUGGGAGGCAGUGGAAGGCAGUCUGUCACCCGGUUAGCUGCUCACAUGUGUGAUUAUACCGUGUUCCAUGUCGAAAUCUCCAAGGGCUACGGGAACAGUGAGUGGCGCGAAGAUUUGAAAGUGAUCUUAAGAAAAUGUGCUGAAGGCGACAUGCAGGGUGUCUUCCUAUUUACGGACACUCAGAUUAAAAAAGAGUCAUUUCUAGAAGAUGUGAAUAAUCUGCUGAAUGCCGGGGAGGUUCCAAAUCUCUUUGCGUUAGAUGAGAAGCAAGAGAUCUGUGAAAAGAUGCGUCAGUUAGAUCGGCAGCGAGAUAAAACCAAGCAGACUGAUGGAAGCCCGGUAGCUCUUUUCAACAUGUUUAUUGAUCGCUGCCGCAACCAACUGCAUGUGGUGCUGGCCAUGAGUCCCAUUGGAGACGCAUUUCGGAAUCGUCUCAGAAAGUUCCCUGCUCUUGUCAACUGCUGUACCAUUGACUGGUUUCAGUCAUGGCCCGAAGAUGCGCUGCAGGCCGUCGCCUCCCGCUUCUUGGAAGACAUUGAAAUGUCGGCGGAAAUACGGGAUGGCUGUAUCGACUUGUGUAAGAGCUUCCACACUUCGACUAUAAAUUUAUCGACAUCUUUCUACAACGAACUUCAGAGAUACAACUAUGUGACUCCCACCUCUUAUCUCGAAUUAAUCUCCACCUUCAAACUGUUGUUAGAAAGGAAAAGAAGUGAGGUGAUGAAGAUGAAGAAGCGGUACGAGGUGGGGCUGGACAAGCUGGGCUCGGCGUCCUCGCAGGUGGCCACCAUGCAGUCGGAGCUGGAGGCCCUGCAGCCCCAGCUGAGGGUGGCCAGCAAGGAGGUGGACGAGAUGAUGGGGGUCAUCGAGAAGGAGUCCAUCGAAGUGGCCAAAACGGAAAAGGUAGUGAAAGCUGACGAAACUGUGGCCAAUGAGCAGGCCAUGGCGGCCAAGGCCAUCAAGGACGAGUGUGACGCAGACCUGGCCGAAGCGCUGCCCAUCCUGGAGUCAGCACUCACCGCCCUGGACACGCUGACCGCACAGGAUAUUACAGUAGUAAAGUCCAUGAAGAGCCCGCCGGCUGGGGUGAAGCUCGUUAUGGAAGCAAUUUGCAUCUUGAAAGGCAUCAAAGCAGACAAAAUCCCUGACCCAACAGGUUCGGGGAAGAAAAUUGAGGAUUUCUGGGGUCCGGCCAAGAGGCUGCUGGGGGACAUUCGGUUCCUGCAGUCACUGCAUGAGUACGACAAGGACAACAUUCCUGCAGCUUAUAUGAAUAUCAUAAGGAAAAAUUACAUUCCCAAUCCCGACUUUGUUCCGGAGAAGAUCAGAAAUGCUUCCACAGCUGCAGAAGGGCUGUGCAAGUGGGUGAUCGCAAUGGACUCCUACGAUAAAGUGGCGAAAAUAGUAGCUCCCAAAAAGAUAAAACUGGCGGCUGCUGAAGGGGAGCUGAAGGUGGCCAUGGACGGGCUCCGGAAGAAGCAGGCGGCCCUGCAGGCUGUGCAGGACAAGCUGGCCCGGCUGCAGGACACAUUCGAGCUGAACAAGCAGAAGAAGGCUGACUUGGAAAACCAGGUUGACUUGUGCAGCAAGAAGCUGGAGCGGGCGGAGCAGCUGAUCGGAGGCCUGGGUGGGGAGAAGACCCGGUGGGGCCACUCCGCCCUGGAGCUGGGGCAGCUCUACGUCAACCUGACCGGCGACAUCCUCAUCUCCUCCGGGGUGGUGGCCUACCUGGGCGCCUUCACGUCCAACUACAGGCAGAACCAAACCAAAGAGUGGACAGAGCUGUGCAGAGAACGAGACAUCCCCUGCUCCGCAGAGUACUCCCUGAUGAGCACGCUGGGAGAGGCCGUGGCCAUCCGCGCUUGGAACAUAGCCGGGCUCCCUUCCGACUCGUUCUCCAUCGACAAUGGGAUCAUCAUCAUGAACGCGAGACGGUGGCCUCUGAUGAUAGACCCUCAGGGCCAGGCCAACAAGUGGAUCAAGAACAUGGAAAAAACCAACAGCCUUCAGCUCAUCAAGCUAAGUGACCCUGACUACGUCAGGACACUGGAAAACUGCAUCCAGUUCGGCACUCCCGUGUUGCUAGAGAACGUCGGAGAGGAAUUAGACCCAGUCUUGGAGCCUCUUCUUCUGAAGCAGACCUUCAAGCAGGGCGGGAGCCUGUGCAUCCGGCUGGGGGAUUCCGUCAUCGAGUACACCCCCGACUUCCGCUUCUACAUCACCACCAAGCUGAGGAACCCUCACUACCUCCCUGAAACGUCGGUGAAGGUAACGUUAUUAAACUUCAUGAUCACCCCGGAAGGCAUGCAAGACCAGCUACUGGGAAUUGUGGUGGCGCGCGAGAGGCCAGACCUUGAAGAAGAAAAGCAAGCACUGAUAUUACAAGGAGCUGUAAACAAAAGGCAGUUAAAAGAAAUAGAAGACAAGAUUUUAGAAGUUCUUUCAUCUUCAGAAGGCAAUAUAUUAGAAGAUGAAACUGCUAUUAAGAUACUAUCUUCCUCCAAGGCCUUGGCUAAUGAGAUCUCGCAAAAGCAGGAAGUAGCGGAAGAGACGGAGAGGAAGAUUGAUACCACCCGCAUGGGCUACCGGCCCAUCGCCGUCCACUCCUCCGUCCUCUUCUUUUCUAUCGCUGAUUUAGCCAACAUCGAGCCCAUGUACCAGUAUUCACUCACCUGGUUUAUCAACCUUUUCAUCCUGUCUAUUGAAAAUUCAGAGAAAUCGGAACACUUACCAGUCAGGCUCCAGAUCCUCCGGGAUCACUUUACUUACUCCUUGUACGUCAACGUCUGCCGGUCCCUCUUCGAGAAGGACAAGCUGCUCUUCUCCUUCUGCCUGACCGUGAACCUUCUCAUCCACGACCGUGUGGUCAAUAAAGCUGAGUGGAGAUUUCUGCUGACUGGUGGCAUUGGGCUGGAUAAUCCUUAUGCCAAUCCCUGUACGUGGCUUCCUCAAAAAUCCUGGGACGAGAUCUGUCGAUUAGAUGACUUGCCUGCCUUCAGAAGCAUUCGUAAGGAAUUUAUGCACUUGAAGGAUGGGUGGAAGAAAGUGUAUGAUAGUUUGGAACCACACCAUGAGGUUUUCCCGGAAGAUUGGGAAAAUAAAGCAAAUGAAUUUCAAAGAAUGCUUAUCAUCCGGUGCUUGCGGCCAGACAAGAUCAUUCCGAUGUUGCAAGAAUAUAUAACCAACAAGCUGGGGCGCGCGUUCAUUGAGCCUCCCCCCUUCGACCUGUCCAAGGCUUUUGGAGACAGCCACUGCUGCGCUCCGCUGAUCUUCGUGCUGUCCCCCGGUGCUGACCCCAUGGCUGCCCUUCUGAAGUUUGCGGAUGACCAGGGGUAUGGGGGAGCAAAACUUAGCUCUUUAUCUCUGGGUCAAGGCCAAGGGCCCAUCGCUAUGAAGAUGCUGGAAAGAGCCAUCAAAGAGGGGACGUGGGUGGUCCUUCAGAACUGUCACCUGGCCAUCUCUUGGAUGCCGACGCUUGAGAAGAUCUGCGAGGAAUUGAGCCCAGAAUCAACGCACCCUGAUUUCCGAAUGUGGCUGACAAGUUACCCAUCUCCGAAUUUCCCUGUGUCGGUGCUGCAGAAUGGAGUCAAGAUGACCAACGAAGCCCCGAAAGGGUUACGAGCUAAUAUCAUCCGAUCGUACCUCAUGGACCCCAUCUCUGACCCCGAGUUCUUUGGCAGCUGCAAAAAGCCGGAGGAAUUCAAGAAAUUGCUCUACGGCCUCUGCUUCUUUCAUGCUUUGGUCCAAGAGAGGCGGAAGUUCGGCCCCCUGGGCUGGAACAUUCCUUACGAGUUCAAUGAGACUGACCUGCGGAUCAGCGUCCAGCAGCUGCACAUGUUCCUGAACCAGUACGAGGGCCUGCCCUUCGACGCGCUGCGCUACAUGACCGGGGAGUGCAAUUACGGGGGCCGCGUGACCGACGACUGGGACCGGCGCACGCUGCGCACCAUCCUGAACAAGUUCUUCAGCCCCGAGCUGGUGGCCAAGGCGGACUACCAGUUCGACUCGAGCGGCAUCUACUUCGUGCCUCCCGCUGGCGAUCACAAAAGCUACAUCGAAUACACCAAGACCCUGCCCCUGACGCCGGCGCCGGAGAUCUUUGGGAUGAACGCCAAUGCAGACAUCACGAAGGACCAGGCCGAAACGCAGCUGCUGUUCGACAGCAUUCUUCUCACACAGUCUCGUUCGGCAGGCGCUGGUACAAAAUCAUCAGAAGAGGUCGUCAGUGAGGUGGCCUGUGAUAUUCUGGGUAAACUUCCAAGCAACUUUGACAUUGAGGCUGCGAUGCAGAGAUACCCGACGACGUACACCCAGAGCAUGAACACCAUUCUAGUCCAGGAGAUGGGACGGUUCAACAAGCUGCUCACAACCAUCAGAGAGUCGUGCGUUAAUAUUAAGAAAGCAAUCAAGGGGCUGGUGGUGAUGUCCACGGAGCUGGAAGAAGUGGUGAACAGCAUUCUGAACGUCAAAAUCCCGGCCAUGUGGAUGGGCAGGUCCUACCCCAGCCUCAAACCCCUGGGCAGCUACGUGAAUGACUUCCUUUUGAGACUAAAAUUCUUGCAGCAAUGGUACGAGGUGGGGCCUCCCCCGGUCUUCUGGCUGUCCGGCUUCUUCUUCACCCAAGCCUUCCUGACUGGCGCCCAGCAGAACUACGCCAGGAAGUACACGAUUCCCAUUGACCUCCUGGGCUUCGACUAUGAAGUAAUGGAGGACAAGAGCUACAAGCAGGGGCCAGAAGACGGUGUUUACAUUCACGGAUUGUUUCUGGAUGGAGCUUCUUGGAACAGGAAGAUCAAGAAACUCGCAGAAUCCUACCCCAAAAUUCUUUAUGACACGGUGCCUGUGAUGUGGCUGAAGCCCUGUAAGCGGGCAGACAUACCCGAGCGGCCGAGCUACGUGGCACCGCUGUACAAGACCAGCGAGCGGAGAGGGACGCUGUCCACCACGGGCCACUCCACCAACUUCGUGAUCGCCAUGGUGCUCCCCUCUGACCACCCCAGGGAGCACUGGAUCAGCCGGGGCGUCGCGCUGCUGUGUCAGCUCAACUCCUAAGCUCCACAGGGCACUUCCUUGGCCCCAUUUCUGCUUGACAGUUGAGUAGAAAGAAUUUUGUUCAAGCAAGUUUUUUGGCUUCAAUAAAUCUGCAUAGUAUUCUUAACUCUGAAUUUCCUAUGUACAAAGGCAGCCCACAUUCACAAUGACUGACACGUCACGUAAGGAAAUGUUAUGGAACAGUAAGGGAAA